UUCACCGUUUAACCGCCAUUCGCUUGAACGCAAUCAAACCGAUCAGUUGAAAUCAUUUCAGUAUAGUGAAUAUUUUCUUAAAUUCGUAAAAAUGUUGGUAAAAUCGUUCGUUUUAUUUUGCUUUGUGUCAUUGAGCUGUGCUCAAUAUCAAUACGAAGCUGAUAAUCUCGAGUUCAUACAAAACGAAGAGCCAUUAUACGAGCAUUUGUCAAUAAUCAGACCACUUCGAGUGCGUCGCCAAACUCUUUAUGGUGGUUUGACACCUGGAAAUCCUGGAGCAAAGGCUACGAUUGGCGCACAAGGUAAUAUUUUCAACAACAAUGGCCAUUCAUUACAUGCUAAUGGAGAAAUUAGCAAGAAUUUCAAACCAACUGGUCCUACGUCAGUCGGAGGUGGAAUCAACUAUCAAGGACCAAAAGCUGGCGUCUCCACAAAUGUGAACCAUGUUCAUCGCUUUGGUACGGACGUCGGUGUUUCAGGUAAUGCCAACAUUUGGAAAAGCCCAAACGGACGCACAUCGGUUGAUGCAAACGCUGGAUACAAUCGUCAUUUCGGCGGCCCAGGCGGCACUGGAAGACCAAAUUAUAAUGGCAACAUCAAUUUUGUACAUCGAUUUUAACAACGUAUAUUCAAAGUUUAGCUAUUCAAUGAAAGAAAUCCAUAGUAAUAUUACAUUGUAUUUGAAAUUUUAAUUUAUUCAAUAAAAAGCUAUGAAAAUAUUU